AAAUUUAGGAAUUUUGAAAAAACAGGACCUCCUAAUAAUUCAAAACGACCUAGUUACAAUUUCUGUUUCUACGGCAGGACUAGUCAUUAUAUGCACCAGAACAUUGUUCUCUUCUCUUACUUUGCAUACAAACUCUCCGAUAACAUAUCUUUUCUCCCACCACCAAUUCUAGCACAAAUGGCUGAACUUUUCCUCACUCCCAUUGUAGAUGUCACAAUAAAGAAGCUGAUUUCUGCUAUUGCCGAUCAAAUCAACCUUGCGGUGAGCUGGAAGGAGGAGCUUAGGAGGCUUAAGGGCAGACUAACCAUAAUCCAAGCUUUGUUGCAAGAUGCAGGAAGAAGGCAGGUGACAGAAUCCGCUGUCAAGCUGUGGCUAGAGAGGCUGAGAGAUGCGGCUCGUGAUGCUGACGACGUGCUGGACGAGGUUGCCUACGAAAAUUUGAAAUGCAAAAUAGAAAUUCAAAACCAUAUGAGGAGAAAGGUGUGCUACUUCUUUUCCCUCUCCAAUCCUCUUAUAUUUCAGAUGAAGAUGGCUAAGAAGAUUAAAAAUAUUAUUUCCUCUGUGGAUGAUAUUAACAAGGAGGCCCAAGGUUUGAGACUUCAACCCAUACCUGGUGGCCUGAAUUCAGAACAUAGAAGAAGAAACCCACAAACUCACUCUUUUUGUGAUCUGUCACAAGUUGUGGGGAGAGAUUAUGAAGUCUCCAGAAUAGUGGAGUUGCUAACAGACUCUGCUAAUCAACAACCCCUUUGGGUUGUAUCUAUUGUAGGUAUGGGUGGUCUUGGUAAAACCACUUUAGCACAAUCUGUGCGCAACAAUGAGCGCAUCAAAAAGGAAUUUGCUAAAAUAAUAUGGGUUUGUGUAUCUGAAAAUUUUGAUUUGGAAAGAAUUUUAAAGGAGAUGUUAGAGUCUGUGACUGGACGUGCUUGUGGAAAUAUUACAAAUGUGGAUACUGUUAUUCAAAACAUCCGAAAUGAGCUGGCCAAAAAAAAUUUUCUUCUCAUAUUAGAUGAUGUGUGGAACUUGGAAAACUGGGAAGAAUUAAGGAGGAGUCUGUUAGCAAUGGGUAACAAUUUGAGGAGUCGGAUUGUUGUGACUACUCGAGAUGAAAAGGUAGCAUCAAUUGCUGAUCACAAGCAUCAUCUCAAGGAGCUGGAGGAUGAUAAAUGUUUGUCUAUAAUCAAGCAAAGGGCUUUUGGAGACUCUCCAAUACCUUCACAUGUGGGCUUGGAAGUAAUUGCAGGCGAGAUUGCUACAAAAUGCAGAGGUGUGCCUUUAGUUGCAAAUGUUAUUGGGGGAAUCUUGCGUAAUAACAUGAGUAAAGAUUAUUGCAAAUUGGAUGCUUUACCGGAGUGGCUGGGAAACUUAUCCUCACUCGCAAGUCUCGUGAUUGAUGAUUGCAUGAAUCUGAGAUGUUUGCCUUCUGCGGAAGCCAUUCGUCGCCUCACCAAAUUGAAAGAGCUCACAGUUUGGGAUUGCCCUAUGUUGAGGAAAAGUUGUGUUGAGGAAACUAGAGCUGAGUGGCCCAAAAUUUCUCACAUUCCAAACAUCUUAUUUACGUGAGAGAUCAUCCAUUCCCAAGAUUGAGGUUUCAAAGUGGCAAGAAGAGGCAUGGAAUUCUUCAAGUUCUGAAGAGCCUGAUGAGAUGAUCUAACACUGUCCCUCUAGAGACUUUUAUUAAGAAAAUAGCUUAUGUCUUCAAUCUUCUUCUCCUCCUCUUCAUUUGUUGCAUUGUUAAGUGUGGACUUAUGUUAUGGUUAGGAUAUUGUGUUUGUACCAUGGUUUGUUUUAAUUUCUAUGAGAGAAUGUGAAACACUUACUGGGUUCUGUAAAUGAUGAUUCAACUAUCUGUUGCAUGAGUCUGUAGAUAUACAUACAUAUAUAUGUAUAUGUAUAUAUAUAUAUAUAUAUAUAUAUAUCAGUGUAUGUUUUUAUGUCAUUGGCCAUAAAGUUAAAGAUACCUA